UUGCUCAUUGAAUUCACGGUCUGUUAUGGAAGAAAGAGGGGUUCAUAGUUCUGUCAACAGCCGUUCCAGGACUGAUGGCCAUAUAGAAAUUAAUGUGUUUCCACAAUAAGGGAAGAAGUAAUCAGGUGUCACCGCAUUCGUGGCUGUCUGAAGGAUUCAGAGAUCAUGUCAGCAGUCAAGCUCGCCCUGCAACUGAGCCAAAAAAAUGGCAGAAAAAGGUCCUCCGAAACAAAAUCUGCAGAGGUGUCACCCGACUCCAAGUGCCCCAUCUGCUUGGACACAUUCAGCAACAUUUCCCGCCUUGACCGCUGCUUGCACAGGUUCUGCUUCCGCUGCAUUCUCGAGUGGUCCAAGAACAAAGCAGAGUGUCCUCUGUGUAAACAGCAGUUUAAUUCAAUUUAUCACAGUAUAAAAUCAGAGCAAGACUUCAAGACGUAUGACCUGCAGCCAGUGGACAAUGGCUCUUUUGGUUAUUUUCAGGGAGUGCGGUUUAGAUACCGCACAACUCUCACCGCAGCCCAUCGACAGUUGAGAGGAAGGAUGUCUCUGGCUCCUGACAUUGGUAUAAUAUCUGAAGGCCCAACAAAUUCUUCCCAACAGCGGCCAGACCGUUACAUGCGGCGCAUGAUGAUGAGGCUGGCAACCCAGAGGAGAGCUGCAAGGGAAGGCAGGGCGGUGGCCAGUGUCCGAGAGCAAGAAAUGAUCAACUUUAGACGGGAGCUGUACCGACGGGGGGUGAGGGUUCGAAAUGUUCAGGAUGGUGGCCGCUCCCGAGACACCUCAGCGGAGUUUUACAGAAGAAAUCCAGCCUGCCUUCACAGACUGAUCCCCUGGUUGAAAAGAGAGCUGAAUGUACUAUAUGGAACCCAUGGCUCUUUGGGCAACAUGGUUCAACAUAUCAUCAUGUCACACAUUACACGUUAUAACAUGGAAGAUGGAGCUAUUCAGGAAGAGCUCAGGCACUACCUCCACAGUCACGCAGAGCAUUUUAUGCACGAGUUCAUCAGCUUCGCAAAGUCCCCCUUCAACAUGGAGGCAUAUGAUCAGCACGCUGUCUAUGACUGUCCGGCGCCUUCCUCAAAUGAAGACAGCAGCUCCAACUCAUCAAUAAUCGCUAUCUCAGAGGAUGAAGACAACUCUACAGGGUUGAACAACCCAGAUGACUCCACAUCUGCUUUGAGCCUCUCGUUGUGGGAUGAUGAGACACCUGGGCCGUCGUAUUCUACGACAGCAGAGCAGGGCAGGACAGAGCGUCUGUCAGUCUUGGACUCAGAUUUUGACAGUAGUUUGGAAGAAGAGACACAAGAGUUUGGGACUUCACCACAGCAAAUGAGUCCUCAUAACCAAACAGACCUGACUCAGGGCAAACGCAAUAAUGAAGACUGUGUAUCUUCUGACAGUGAUGACUGUGUCAUUGUGGGUUUUGUUAAACCAACAGCAGAUCGGACUCCUGAGGUGGUUCAGCUUUCCUCUGACUCUGAGUGGUCUGCUGGUGACGAUACUCAAGAAGUGCCUCUUCAGCCUCAACACAUUCGAUUCACCAGUAGCAGUCCUGCAACUUUACAUAGCAGUGAUCGCAGUGGGGCUGGACUAUCAGAAAAUGUAGACACAGAUGAUCGUCACCACUCAAGUUCAAAAGAAAGAUCAAACAAGACGUAUAAGAAGUCAGACAGAAAAGGUCAGGGUAGAAGAUUUGACAGCAAAGAGAGAUCUAAGGAGAGGCACAAAUCAAAGGACAGACACUAUAGGAGGAGGAGGAGGUCAAGAAGUAAAGAGCGGAGGCACUCUAGCAGAAGCCCGGUGAUCUCCCACAGCAGUGUCAGCACUUAUUCCACUGAAAAAAGUUAUUCUUAUUCAAAUGGCAGAGACUACUCCAGGUGUGACAGAUAUAAAAGGGACAGUAAUUACACCUACCAGUCAUAUAGCCAUUACAGCCAAGAGAGAAACGAUAGCGGGCUCCAUUACACACAAAGGCACUCAUACUAUUACAGCAGCCGCAGAUGCUCAGUUUUCCGCUCUCGCUCCAGUAGCCGCGACAAGGACUUGCGGAGACGGGACAGGAGGCGCUCUCGAUCCAGGACUUAUUCUAGCAGCCGCUCCCCUUCUGCCAGAAGGAAAUCUCAUUAUGACAAGCCUGGUGGGAAGAGGAAGUACAAAAGAAGACAUUUAGAGGACCCCUCCAGUACCACAGCGUUUAACUCCUAUGCAGAUGGUGACUCCUCUGCAUUAAGAAAACACAAGAAAAAAAGCAAAGAGAAGCACCGUAAAAAAUCCAAAGAGAAGUCUAGAAAGGCCAGCAGGAGUCUCAGUGUGGAGCUCCUCAAUGAGGAAAAGGCACAUGAGCGGGGCAGGCGUCACCAUAAGAAAAAGAAGAAACACAAGAAGAAAAGCAAAAGGCACAAGAGCAGCGAACGCACAGAGAAGCGUUCACCCACUAUCAUUACCAUUGAUAGUGACAGCGAUUCUUUUGCUAAUGACAGUAUCACUCAGGCCACUAAUGCUAAUAAUGAUAAGCCCGCAGACGAUAGGACAGAUGACACAGUAGACACUACCCCUGUAGAUACACUGUUGUAAUCCUAUUUCAGAUUUUUACCCUCAGCUGCUGCCACCUGCCACCUUUUUUUUUUUUUUU